AUGUCCAAAAGCCAAAAGAGUGAAAAGGACUCUAAACUUUCAUUAAAGCUUCCGACCACAGCUCGUCGCCUGUCGUCCGCUUCGCCCGCUCCUUCGGGAUCCAAAUCCGCCACUCCUGCCGCUCAACUCCGAGUCAAAGUUGAUCGUCCAUCGCCGUCUGCUUCUUCUGCAACUACACGAUCCGUCCAGGCUAAACUUAGCAACACCCGUGCGAUGGCUCUCAGCAACUUCAUCGCCGUCUCUGACAGACUGGUGCACUUUGAGAGUCGGGUCAGAGGGCCUGCAGCCGAAGACGACAAUGUACACACGUACGAGAUCCGUCGUGACCGCCUGCAAGCCCUCUGGGACAGUGUAGAGACCGCUUAUGCCACGUGCGCUGAUGCACUGCAUCGAGACGGCGACAACGAAGGCAUACAGGCCAUGGAGGCCAAAUAUGACCACUGCUAUGCAGUGUAUGAGCGGUGUCUCGCCCAUGUAAAGGGGCAAAUUACACAAGUUUCCGAAUCAACCAGGAGUGAAGCAUCCGCUCCUCCUGUGUACUCCAGUGGCUGCCGGCUCCCUCCAGUCGACAUCGAAGUAUUCCGUGGGGAUUACUUGCGGUGGCCGACCUUCCGUGAUCUUUUCACGGCCAUCUACGUCAACAAUCCGAGGUUGACUCCGGUUGAGAAACUAUUCCAUCUCAAUUCAAAAACCGCAGAUGAGGCCAAUGAGAUCGUAGCCAAAUUUCCGCUGACGAACGAUGGUUUCGCGUUGGCUUGGAGUGCUCUCUGCGAGCGAUUCGAAAAUAAGCGCUUGUUAAUAACGAGCCAGUUAAAAAUUCUCUUCAACCUGUCCACGGUUUCGCUAGAGUCUGGAGCAGCGAUUAAGGAGCUGCAUGGCACAAUUCAGCGGUGCUUGACCGCUCUUGACCACUCAGACAUUUCAGUCUCUAGUCCUUUCGCCGACUGCAUCCUGGUCUUUCUUUGCUCAUCCAAGCUCCCCAAACUUACACUCUCACUAUGGGAGCAAUCAUUGGUGGACAAGUCCAAGAUUCCCGCAUGGCAGGACAUGAGCACAUUCCUCAACGAGCGUUAUCGUACGCUCGAGGCUGUUGAGGACGUGAAUCAAAAAACCUCGCAGAACUCUACCGCUGGACCAUCCCGUCCACAGCAGAGUACAAAGCGAAUUAACUCUUUCAAGGCCCGAGUCACUCAGAGAGGCAAAUCGUGUGACUUGUGCUCAAAAGAGAAUCACCCUGUCCGGGUUUGUCUAAGCUUCCUUGAAAUGUCGGUCAAUGAUCGGAUGAGCUACAUCAAACAGAAAAGUCUCUGUUUAAACUGCUUCGCAAGAGGUCACCAACUCCGAGAGUGUACGAGUGCGCACAAUUGCUUGACAUGCAAGAGGCGGCACCAUACUCUUCUCCAUCGGGGCGACAGUGCCCACAAUGGUGCCUCUUCCACUCCAUCCACACUUCCCAACAUACAGUCCACUCCGAAUCAAUCGGCAACAAAUGUACAAAAUUACUUUGCCAUUAACGCUCAGAACAUCCUUCUCGGCACGGCGGUUGUCAAUCGCAUAAAGUUGCCAUUCCAAUCCGUGCAAGCCCAAGUAUCCGGGCUGAAUCAUGCAAUUGCGGCCCAACCGCAGAAGUUAUGCAACUUCAGCAUUGGUUGUCCAACGAAACCGAGGCUCCACAUCGAGACCUCAGCGUUCGUUAUUCCACAACUGGCAGACAAGCAGCCAUCAUUCCGAAUGCCGAAAGGGUUCCUAAAGGAUCUACCAGCGAUUGAACUGGCAGAUCCAAACUUCUACAAAGGUGCUCAGAUUGACAUCUUAAUUGGCGCGGAUAUCCUUCCGUCAGUCAUCCUGAGCGGUACCCGGCCAAACAUUUGUGGCUCACUCCUUGGCCAACAAACCGUGUUUGAUUGGAUUCUCACCGGCCCCGUCUCCCAGAAUGUGUCGACAACUGUCUCUGCGUUUUCGACAAGAGUCGCUAUCCAAGCAGACGAUCAACUCGACAGACUAAGCUCCAAAGUUUGGGAGGCGGAGGAUAUUCCGUCGAAGCUGGUUAGCUGCGAAAACACAACUUCACGCAGCAGAUGUGGCAGAUCUCGGGUGACUCUUCCAUUCCGGAAGCCCGUCACCACUCCUAAUUUGUAUCUGCCUCAUCAUUCAUCCAAACCAGAUAGGCAUCGACACAAAGACGAAUAA